AGGAUCAACGGGCACGCGCGGUCCACGGGGUCAGGGUCACCAUCGCUCGCCAUGGCAACGAAGAAGGCCUCGAAGGCUUCCAAGUCAGCAGACUCCAUCAAUGCGCGCUUGCAGCUGGUCAUGAAGAGCGGGAAGUACUGCUUGGGACUGAAGACCACUCUGAAAACCCUGCGUCAGGGGAAGUCCAAGCUGGUGCUGAUCUCCAACAAUUGCCCCGCCUUGCGCAAGAGUGAGAUCGAGUACUACGCCAUGCUGGCGAAGACCGGGGUGCACCACUUCCAUGGCGACAACAACGAGCUGGGCACCGCCUGCGGCCGCUACUACCGGGUGAGCUGCUUGUCCAUCACCGACCCAGGCGACUCCGACAUCAUCCGCAGCUUGCCCGGCCAGGAAUGAGUGGAGACAGAGACGAAGACAACGCGAUGCCCAGGAAAAGGUGCG